AUGGCAAAGCGCCAGGCCUCCGAGGCCCUCGACGAUCUUGUUGGUGUAGCCUCGCCAGCUUCCAAGAGAUCUCGAUUGGAUGACAUUGAUUCACCUGAACCGAACGGUACUUCGAACGAACUCAUCGACGAGUCUAAUACCAGUGGAAUGGCGCAAGAAGACGACGCAAACGAAGACGACGACCAAGACCCCACUGCCGCAGCACCUAUAAGACAAUCAGCGCCUACUGACGGGUAUGAUGACCUUUACCUCGAUACUAUCGAUCGCAACGUGCUCGACUUCGACUUCGAGAAGUUAUGCUCCGUUUCCCUUUCGAACAUCAACGUUUACGCAUGCCUCGUCUGCGGAAAGUAUUUCCAAGGUCGUGGUCCGAAAUCCCAUGCUUACUUCCACUCGCUUGAUGAGGAUCACCACGUCUAUAUAAAUCUGGAAACACAGCGUGUCUAUGUCCUUCCUGAAGGGUACGAGGUCAAGAGCCGCUCGCUCGAUGACAUCAAGUACGUGUCGGAUCCGCGAUAUAGUAAGAAGGAGGUUAUCGAGAUGGACCGCACACCACGCACCAGCUACACUCUUGAUAGAAAAGUGUACAUCCCUGGAUUUGUGGGAAUGAACAACAUCAAGGAGAAUGACUAUCUCAACGUCAUAGUACAGGCUCUUGCGCAUGUCGCGCCAUUGCGUAACUACCUGCUUCUCGAGGAUUUUUCGAAAAAGACGGAGCUUGUCAAGCGAUGCAGCAUUCUGAUCCGCAAGAUCUGGAAUCCGAGGGCGUUCAAGGCUCACGUUUCUCCUCAUGAACUUCUCCAGGAGAUAUCACUGCGCUCGAACAAGCGCUUUACCCUCACAACUCAGUCGGAUCCUGUCGAUUUUCUAUCCUGGUUCUUGAACAACCUCCACCUUGGGCUCGGUGGCAGCAAGACCAAACCUGGCAGUUCCAUGAUCCAGCGUACAUUCCAGGGUAAGAUGAAGGUUGAAUCCCAGGCCAUCACAGCUCGUGCCGACGCUACUGAUCGACUGCGCUUUGAAGAUGCGGAUGUCAAAGUGGACAUUGUGCGCUUCCUCCUUCUGACGCUGGACCUCCCGUCAGCGCCACUCUUUCAGGACGAACUCGAAAAGAACAUCAUCCCUCAAGUUCCCCUGACAACCAUUCUCACAAAAUAUGACGGUCAGAGGGCUCAAGAGCACCACGCUCAACGCAAGCGUUACCGACUCAUGCACCCUCUCCCCCCAUUUCUUGCCUUUCACGUCAAGCGCUUCUCCCAGAACAAGUUUGUUUCUGAGCGCAACCCAACAAUCGUCACUUUUGACGCCCGUAAUCUCGACAUGUCACCAUACGUUGAGCCAAACCCCAAGGAGUGGCCCCCAGGUGAGCCCAUCUGGUAUGAUCUGGUAGCCAAUGUCAUUCACGAAGCUGUUCGAGUACGAGAGGACGUUGUUGACAGCGGCGAGGAACGUAAGAUAUGGAAGGUUCAGCUGAAAAACAAGGCGACGGGUGAAUGGGUGGUUUGUCAAGAUUUAUAUGUUGAUAAAGUACAGAGCGAGCUGUUAUAUCUUGGUGAGGCAUAUCUCCAGAUCUGGGAACGGAGGAGAGAUCCCAGGGGCAAAGGCAAGGCCCCAUGA